CUCCUCUGCCUGGGCUUCAUUCCUGUACACGAUCCGAGCGAGACAGACGGUUUAACGGAGCUGCCAGAAGCAGAGAGAUUCGCUCAGGGAAUAAAUAUAUGUGAACCGCGCCACUGUUUUCUUUACGGGAAUACCACUGGGUCGCGGACGCACGUGAGCACGCACAGGCUCAUAUGGGACCACUGGCCAUGGUUCCGACUCCUCUACACUGAACCGCAAACAAAAGUAUUGUGGAAUCUCCCGGAGCAAGUUGUUGUUUUAUAGCAGAAUCCAAACGGGAAUGCUGUCUGGAUGGUGACCGCGGACUGGACUACCUGCUCUCCUGCUCAGUGCGCAGGGAAGGGACUGGGAGACUUGCAUCCACUGCCUGCGUGCUCUCUGGUUUAAUAGGGUGCUUUGAGGAUCAGUGGAAAUAAUAGAAAAGUGAGAAGGGUUUUUCUGUUUUUUUACACACUUUAUACCAAGGUGAAAGCUACUUUCUGCGAUCUCUCACCUGCGAGCGUUUUUUUGAAUGGGGAUAACUCUGAUCCUGGAGUCUUGACGCAGCAGCUGGGACUAGGACGGGCUGGGGGUGCGUGGAGCGUCGGGUCACCCCGGGAUUGUUUUCUACCGUCACUCUCUUCUCAGUCGCGGCUCUGUUUUCAUGUCCAAGUUGACCACUUUAUGACAAUGGAUUACUUUCUGCUUUUAUGCAGCCUCUUGGUGUCUGUGGUGUCCGCCGUUGAAGAGACGCUGAUGGACACGAAAUGGGCCACGACAGAGUUAGCAUGGACUGCACACCCUGAGACUGGGUGGGAAGAGGUCAGUGGCUAUGAUGAUGCCAUGAAUCCCAUCCGGACAUACCAAGUCUGCAACGUACGUGAGCUCAACCAGAAUAACUGGCUACGCAGUGACUUCAUCCUGCGUAAAGAUGUGCUGCGUGUUUAUGUUGAGAUGAAAUUCACAGUACGUGACUGCAACAGCAUUCCCAAUAUACCGGGUUCCUGCAAGGAGACUUUCAACCUCUUUUACUAUGAGUCUGAUUCAGACUCUGCCACCGCCACCAGCCCUUUCUGGAUGGAGAACCCUUAUGUGAAGGUGGACACCAUCGCCCCAGAUGAAAGUUUCUCAAUGCUUGAGUCUGGAAGGGUAAACACAAAGGUUCGAAGUUUUGGGCCACUGUCCAAAGCUGGGUUCUACCUGGCCUUCCAGGACCUUGGUGCUUGCAUGUCACUCAUCUCAGUGAGGGUGUUUUACAAAAAGUGCUCCACCACCAUCGCCAACUAUGCAGUUUUCCCAGAAACCGCCACAGGAGCUGAGGCAACCUCCUUGGUUAUUGCACCAGGAACUUGUGUUCCCAAUGCCUUGGAGGUAUCUGUCCCAUUGAAGCUCUACUGCAACGGAGAUGGAGAGUGGAUGGUGCCUGUAGGAUCAUGUACAUGUGCAGCUGGUUUUGAACCAGCCAUGAAGGAUACCCAGUGUCAAGCUUGCGGCCAAGGCUCCUUCAAGUCCAAACAAGGGGAUGGCCCAUGUUUUCCAUGCCCAGCCAAUAGUCGAGCCACCUCUGGAGCAGCCAGCAUUUGUUCCUGUCGAAAUGCUUAUUAUCGCUCUGACACAGAUACUCCAGACUCCCCAUGCACCACUGUUCCGUCGGCUCCACGCAGUGUCAUCUCGAGCGUUAACGAAACAUCGCUGCUGCUAGAAUGGAGCGAACCUCGGGAUAUGGGUGGCCGCGAGGACAUCCUUUUUAACGUCAUCUGUAAAAAGUGCCUGCCUGAGCGAGGAAUGUGUUCACGAUGCGAUGACAAUGUGGACAUUUCUCCACGCCACUUGGGCCUGACACAGCGCCGUGUGACAGUCCGCAACCUCCAAGCCCACACGCAGUAUAGCUUUGAGAUCCAGGCGGUUAACGGUGUGUCCAACAAGAGCCCCUAUACGCCUCAGUUUGCCUCAGUGAACAUCACAACGAAUCAGGCCGCUCCCUCUGCAGUGCCCACGGUUCAUCUAAUGGCAGCCACAGCAAGCACCAUGAGUCUAUCCUGGCUUCCUCCAGAAAACCCCAAUGGAAUCAUUCUGGAUUAUGAGAUUAAGUACCAUGAGAAGGAUCAAGGUGAGGCCAUUGCCCACACCAUGACUGCCCAAAGGAGCAACGCCCGCAUUGAGGGUCUUAAGGCUGGUACACCGUAUGUUGUUCAAGUCCGGGCCAGAACGGUGGCUGGCUAUGGCCGUUACAGUACCCCAGCAGACUUUAGCACCAAUCUGAAUACCGACCCCCCAAAGUCAUGGCAGGAGCAGCUGCCACUCAUCGUUGGAUCCAUUACAACAGCCUUGGUCUUUAUCAUCGCAGUUGUGGUCAUCGGUAUUGUCUGCCUCAGAAAACAAAGAAAUGGUUCAGAGUCAGAGUACACAGAGAAACUCCAGCAGUACAUUACACCCGGAAUGAAGGUCUACAUUGACCCCUUCACCUAUGAGGAUCCCAAUGAAGCAGUGCGCGAGUUUGCCAAGGAGAUUGACGUGUCCUGCGUGAAGAUCGAGGAGGUCAUUGGCGCAGGAGAGUUUGGGGAAGUAUGUCGUGGUCGCCUGAAGCUGCCCGGGCGUCGGGAAAUAAUUGUGGCCAUCAAGACCCUAAAGGUGGGCUACACUGAUCGCCAGAGGCGAGACUUCCUGUCUGAAGCAUCCAUCAUGGGCCAGUUUGAUCACCCCAAUAUUAUUCGACUGGAAGGAGUAGUCACCAAGAGUCGGCCAGUGAUGAUUGUGACUGAAUUCAUGGAAAACGGGGCCCUGGACUCUUUUCUAAGGCUCAAUGACGGGCAGUUCACAGUGAUCCAGUUGGUUGGUAUGUUGCGUGGUAUUGCAGCAGGCAUGAAAUACCUGUCAGACAUGAACUACGUGCACAGAGACCUGGCUGCACGCAACAUCCUCGUUAACAGCAAUCUGGUGUGUAAAGUGUCAGAUUUUGGGUUGUCCCGAUUCCUCGAAGACGACCCCACAGAUCCCACCUAUACCAGCUCUCUUGGGGGGAAAAUUCCCAUCCGCUGGACAGCUCCUGAAGCUAUUGCCUACAGGAAGUUCACCUCGGCCAGUGACGUGUGGAGCUACGGCAUCGUCAUGUGGGAAGUUAUGUCGUAUGGCGAGCGGCCGUAUUGGGACAUGAGCAAUCAAGAUGUGAUAAAUGCCGUAGAGCAGGAUUAUCGACUGCCCCCACCCAUGGACUGCCCCACAGCCCUACACCAGCUCAUGCUGGACUGCUGGGUGAAGGAAAGGAACCUGCGGCCCAAAUUCACCCAGAUUGUUGCCACGCUGGAUAAACUUAUUCGCAAUGCAGCCAGCCUCAAAUUGGUCACCAACAGCACACAGUCCACUGGGGUAUCCCAGCCCUUGCUUGAUCGCUGUGUGCCAGACUAUACCACUUUCACCACUGUGGGGGACUGGCUGGAUGCCAUCAAGAUGGGCCGCUACCGUGACAACUUUGUCAACGCCGGAUUUGCCUCCUUUGACCUGGUAGCCCAGAUGACGGCAGAGGACCUGCUGCGGAUAGGGGUGACGUUGGCUGGUCAUCAGAAGAAAAUUCUUGGUAGCAUUCAGGACAUGAGACUACAGAUGAACCAAACACUUCCUGUCCAGGUGUGAGCAGCAGGACACACAAGACGGAUGCAGUCAAAGGACAGCCAGACAAGAAAAGGGGAGAAACUGUGCCAGAGAGGGCCACAGGAAAACCCUAGCUGCCUGACCCAUCUCUGCCAACUAGACACUAUGAAACUGGCUUGCAGUGCCUAAGAAUAUUUUUUUCUUUAAUUCAAUACCACUUACAUUUCCUGUGCCCACUCUUUUGUUCUUUGCAUUGUUUCUUUCUUCCAUCAAGAAUUGGUAUGUUUUUGAAAGAUGAGGACCUUUCCCCAAUUCCCAUGUGUGCCUCACCAACUCUAGAACGGGUUGAUGUUUGCAUGCAUGUUUAUUUGUCAAGUUGGCCUUAGUCAUGGUCUGAUCCUCAUGCAAGACCCUAUUUUCUUGACCUUCAGAGCGUAAUAAGACAUGGUAAAGGAUGAACUUCCCUUGCGCAAAGGUAAUCAAGGUGAUAGGACAUAUCUGUGCCAGACCACAGGAGGCAGAGGAAUUUCCCCAAUAGAAGCUGUUUUACUGUGCAUGUGUGUUAUUCUCCAUCUUCAUAUUGAAGGUGUGUUACCUAAAAGGGCAGUAGCUUGGAGAGACAUGGAGUUGUGAAGGAAACUUUAAACGUGCUGCAGUCAAAGAUUAAGAGAAUGACAGAUGUCAAAGGAAGGGAGACACGGUUUUUGGACACCUGCUACGACUGUUGGGUCACCAGGCACCCUCUUCACUACGACCUGAAGUGGCAUAGGAUUGUUCCUCUCCUUGAUGACACCUACUAAUCAACUAUGUUUUUUUUACACAUGAAAUAAUUUCCUCUGUUCGCAAAUGUUCUGUUUCCAUAAGAAGUUUUUUUUUUUUUCUCUCAUAUGCAUUUUUGAGAGAACCGUGGCCAGUCCAACCAGUACCCUGUCUUCUGGACACUUUAUGUGACAAGGGGAAAAAGGACUGUGGCAACACUGUUUGAAAGAUUUCCUGGCCUUUUGUGUGCAUUUUUUUCAAUGUGAGUGUCUACUUGUGUGUGUGCGCACAUGUGUGUAUGUAUGUAUGAUUAACGAGUGUUUGGACGUGCUAGAGUGCACCUGGUUGCAUACAAAUAUACUGUACAAUACAGCUUCCGCAAUUUGACAUCAUGAAUUAACGCAUGAACUGAACUGUAAUAAGCAGACACUAUAUCUAAAAUAAUUACGCUAUACUCUGUGGACAGCUGUUAAACAUUCACCUUUCUUUAUUGGAUCCCCAAAAUGGACAUUGAUCACACACACACACACACAUCCCACCCACACACAAUCAUGACUGAUGCUUUUAUUUCUACUUACUAUUAUCUGGAUUUAGAAAUAAUCUUUUUUUUUUCUCUAUGUUUCUUGACAUCCUGCCCUGUGUAUUUAUUUGUACCUUACCCACCAACCCAUGAUCCCUCAUCAAAAUAAGGAUGGACCAGGCUGUUUGGGGAAAGUAAAACAAUCAGAGAGAGAAAUGAAACUCCAAGAGAAGUCAUCUGAUGAAUUGAUGAUUAAUAAACAAAGUAAUUGCCUAUAUAUUGGAUUUUGUAUUUUUGUUGUUGUUCUAAACAGCCUGUACAGGUUUUGUAACAAAAGUAAGAUAAAUGACUAAAGAAAGA